AUGAGCCGAGAGGGAAGUGGAGCUGACCUGUCUAAGAGCAGCCAGGAAAAAAUUCAUCGUUCUGGUAAACAGCCGGAAGGAGUACGUUUGGAGGUCGGCCGGCCUGCUCGGAGCAACUGCCUCUACAACGUGCUGGAGCGGCCCCGCGGCUGGGCUUUCGUCUACCACGUCUUCAUAUUCCUCCUUGUCUUCAGUUGUUUGGUGCUGUCCGUCUUCUCUACCAUCCAGGAGCAUCAGAAAUUCGCCAACGAAUGCCUGUUCAUCUUGGAGUUCGUCAUGAUUGUGGUGUUCGGCAUGGAGUACUUCAUCCGCAUCUGGGCGGCCGGCUGCUGCUGCCGCUACCGGGGCUGGCAGGGCCGCUUCCGCUUCGCCAGGAAACCCUUCUGUGUCAUAGACUUCAUCGUCUUCAUUGCCUCGCUGGCCGUCAUCGCCGCCGGCACUCAGGGCAACAUCUUCGCCACGUCGGCGCUGCGCAGCAUGCGGUUCCUGCAGAUCCUGCGCAUGGUGCGUAUGGACCGCCGUGGCGGCACCUGGAAGCUCCUGGGCUCCGUGGUCUAUGCCCACAGUAAGGAGCUGAUCACAGCCUGGUACAUCGGCUUCCUGGUCCUCAUCUUCGCCUCCUUCCUCGUCUACCUGGCCGAGAAGGACACCAAUGCCGACUUCACCACCUACGCCGACUCCCUCUGGUGGGGUACAAUCACGCUGACCACCAUCGGCUACGGGGACAAGACCCCCCAGACGUGGCUGGGCAGGGUGCUGGCCGCNUGCUUCGCGCUCCUUGGCAUCUCCUUCUUCGCCCUCCCAGCCGGCAUCCUGGGCUCUGGGUUUGCCCUGAAAGUCCAGGAGCAGCAUCGGCAGAAGCAUUUUGAGAAGAGGAAGAUGCCAGCCGCAAACCUGAUCCAGGCUGCUUGGCGACUGUACUCGACCGACGCAAGCAGGGCCUACCUGACUGCCACUUGGUGUUACUACGACAGUAUCCUCCCAUCCUUCAGAGAGCUGGUCCUUAUGUUUGAGCAUUUGCACCGAGCCCGCAACGGAGGAAUUAGGACCUCAGAGGUGAAAAAAUUGCCUGACGGAGCCCCACUGCCUUAUCACUGCUUCACCCCUGGCCAGAAAACCAUCGCCCCCCUUCUUUGUGCGGGGGAAAGCACCAAAAUGGGCCUCAAAGACCGCAUCCGCCUCAACAACGCCCAGCGGCAGAGCGGCCGGGGGAGGCAGCACCUCAUGCCCCCCAUGCGGCGCUCCCCCAGCACCGAGAACGUCAACGAGGUCCCCAGCCCCACCAAGGUGCAGAAGAGCUGGAGCUUCAAUGAUCGCACCCGCUUCCGGGCCUCGCUGCGGCUCAAGCCGCGGCCGCCGGUGGAGGCCGACUGCCCGGAGGAGGACGGCAGCGAGGAGAAGGGCCACCAGAGCGACCUGACCUUUGAAGACAUCAUGCCAGCGGUGAAGACGCUCAUCAGGGCCGUCAGGAUCCUGAGGUUCCUGGUGGCAAAGAGGAAGUUCAAGGAGACCUUGAGGCCCUAUGAUGUCAAGGACGUCAUCGAGCAAUACUCGGCCGGGCACCUGGACAUGCUGGGCCGCAUCAAGAGCCUCCAGUCACGCGUGGAUCAGAUCAUAGGGAGGGGAGCCAUGCCGCUCGACAAGAAGAUCCGGGAGAAGAUGGAGAAGCCUGCGCUGGAGGCAGAUGCGGUGGACGAUCUCAGUAUGAUGGGGCGUGUGGUCAAGGUGGAGAAGCAGGUGCAGUCCAUAGAGCACAAGCUGGACCUGCUCCUGGGCGUCUACACCCAGUGCCUACGGAAAGGCUCCACUAACUCCUUCAGCCUGACCGCCAUGCCGAUCCCUGCCCUCGACCCCGACAUCACCUCCGACUACCACAGCCCCGUGGACCACGAGGACAUCUCCAUGUCCGCCCAGACCCUAAACAUCUCCAGGUCGGCCAGCACCAACAUGGACUGAGCGGGCUUCCUCGCAUGGACGGGACAGCCCCAGACGGGGCAGAGCCGGGGCAAGGGGCAGCCCCCUUUCUGCAGACAGACGGGUGCCGCGCGGGCAGGCGAGAAAGCUGACCCCGGGCCCCACCAGCUCCGGACUCGCAGGGCGGGCUUGGGGCCUCCAGCCUCGUCGAACGGGUUCUCAACGCACCUUGAUUUUACUUGAACAAGUCUUCCUUCCUGGACACGCGGGAAUUAUUAAGCCACUAGUAUUCAGCUGAGGGGAGCCACGUGGCCACGCGGCAGCCACAACAGGGACGCGGUAGAGAGGACAAUGCUCGUGGCUUCGCCGAGGGUUACCCCUGCUCCCUCGAAACCACCCCUAGCAAGAGGAACUCCGGUGACUUGCUCGGGGAGCUGAGAUGCUCUUUGUUUUAAGCAACAGACUCCAGACUUCGGUCUUCCUGGGCAGCCUUCUCUUCCGAGGGAAAUCCACCCCAGCCUGCUUCCAGACAGGCGCAUUUCAACCCAGGC